AUGGGUCGUCUUCACAGCAAAGGCAAGGGUAUCGCCUCCUCCGCCAUCCCCUACUCGCGCACCCCGCCCGCCUGGCUCAAAACCACCCCCGAUCAGGUCGUCGACCAGAUCUGCAAACUCGCACGAAAGGGCGCAACACCCUCGCAAAUCGGUGUCGUGUUGAGGGAUAGCCAUGGCGUGGCGCAAGUCAAGGUCGUGACGGGCAAUAAGAUUUUGAGGAUCUUGAAGAGCAAUGGCCUCGCACCAGAGAUCCCCGAAGACCUCUACAUGCUUAUCAAAAAGGCCGUCGCGGUCCGCAAACACCUCGAGCGCAACCGCAAGGACAAAGACAGCAAAUUCCGCCUCAUCCUGAUCGAGUCGCGCAUCCACCGUCUGAGUCGGUACUACAAGACCGUGGGCGCGCUGCCGCCGACGUGGAGGUAUGAGAGUGCUACGGCUAGUACGCUUGUGGCGUAA